AUGGAAGACAGGGACAAUUUUCUGUGUACAGCACUAGGGGGAUAUAAGCGAUGUUUGAUCAUCGGUGAGAAAUAUGAUGUUCAUGUGGUAUUUCGACUUGUUUCGCUAUGGUUCAGUCUUUCAAGUAGACAGAUUGUUGUGGAUAGCAUGAUUAGUACUAUCAAGGAGUUUGCACUGUUUUCUCUUGUGAAGAAGAUGGCCCUUGACCAUCCUUAUCAUACAAUAUUCCAGCUGCUAGCUCUGGCAAAUGGUGACCGAAUCAAGGACAAGCAGCGCAGUAGAAACUCGUUUGUGGUGGAUGUGGAUAAAAAGAUUGCUGCUGAAGAUCUUUUGAAGGAGUUGUCAUCUUAUCACGGAGCUAUCAUCAGACAAAUGAAACAAAUGGUGGAGGUAUACAUUAAACUUGCAGAGAUGGAAACAAAGAGAGAGGAUACAAACAAAAGAGUGAAUCUACCUCGAGACAUCCGCAGCGUGCGAGAACUUGAGCUUACCUGUUGUGGCUUGAGUUUUCUAAAUGCAUAUUCAUGGCUUUUCAGCAUAAUGAAUGGAAUAAAUGCCCCGAAAGUGGUGGAGUGCUUUGGUUCUGAUGGUAACAGAUAUCGACAACUUGCAAAAUCAGGCAAUGAUGACCUGAGACAAGAUGCUGUGAUGGAGCAGUUCUUCGGCUUAGUUAACACUUUCUUGCAGAACAACCGUGACACAUGGAGGAGGAGGCUCAAGAUACGUACAUACAAGGUAGAUGGUAUGGGAGUAACUGGGGUGGAAGGAGUUUUUAGAAGAUGUUGCGAGGAAACUCUCUCUGUGAUGAGAACAAAUAAAGAAGCAUUGCUUACAAUCAUUGAGGUCUUUAUCCAUGAUCCUUUAUAUAAGUGGGCUUUAUCACCUCUAAAGGCUAUGAGACGUCAGAAGGAUGCUUAUGAUGAUUUGGUCGUUAGCUACGAGAAUACCGGUGAAGAAGUUUAUGAAGGAAACAAAGAUGCAACCAGAGCCUUGUUGCGCAUCAAACAGAAGUUAGAUGGAUAUGAAGAUGGCGAAAUGAGAAGCGUUCAUGGGCAGGUUCAACAAUUAAUACAAGAUGCAAUUGAUCCGGAUCGAUUGUGCCAUAUGUUUCCUGGAUGGGGUGCCUGGCUGUGA